AUGGUACUUCCGCCGGGACAGACGGAGCGGAGCUUUCCAAAACCGUGCAAAACUUCCGCACUCGCUUCCCGAUCUAACCGUGAAGCCUCGGACAGUUGCACCACGUUGGAUAACUUGGAUUGGUCCUCUAAAAUUGCGGAGUUUGCGACUGACAACCAUUGUCCGUACAUCGAGAUUUCCAUUUGCAGUAAAACUCCAAUCAAGUCGAUGAAAUAA